CGCCUAAACAAGCUCUUACCCCCCGCUUGUUCGCUCUGCGCCCAGCCGGUUAGUUAACCGCGCGCCUCAUAUCUUGGCUACAAUACCCCGGAUUCUUGAACAGCAGUAUUUGUCGGGAUGAUAUCAUCCGAGCAUGGCGGGUCAAGUCGUCCAUCGCCCGAUUUCCUGGAUCGGCAUCAAAUUUCCCGAAGACAAAGACUGAAGCCGUCAAUCACACCAAUUCCUAGAACUGGGUGUCGCUGUAACCGGCAAAAUGCAUCAAUCUGGGCAUUUCUCCAGAAUGGCAAUAUAACCCUCUGGGUCCUUCCUUGGACAGCCGAAUCAGAUAAGUCUGGCGAUUUGUUUGACAGCAUUGCUUCUUCAAGAUGCGCGGGUUAAAAAGCAAACUGUUAGCUUUAGCCGCCCUGCUGAAGGCAUCUGUUGCGUUCCUCACCGCAACAGAAACAAGCAGCCAAUUCCUGCUUCAGAAUGACCGCCUAAAAGUAGCGGUAGACAAGAAAAAUGGCCAGGUUGUGGACGUUGUUCUUGACAGAGAGGACUUGUUGGGCCCGGUUAGUGGUAAUUCGGGCAAGGGGCCGUAUGUCGAUUGUUCUUGUAUCCCGUCCGGGUUCUGGACCCCUGGCAGCACCGCGAAGUACAAGCUAAUCAAAGGCACCGAUUCGACCGGGACGCCCUACGGUGGUGUGAGGAUGAGCGAUACGUACGCCGCCACCAACCAGACUAUCGAGCAAUGGUGGUUCCUUAGAGAAGGCGAAACCGGCAUACACCUCUUUACGCGGGUCACUUACUUCAACCGGGCAACCCCUUAUUUGCGAGAGUUGGGCGAGCUGCGCACUUUGUUCCGACCCAACACUAAGCUAUGGACGCACUUGUCUAGUGGCGAUGACAACUAUGCGCCAAUCCCCUCCAAGGAGGCUUCUAGUAAACAGGUCGUUGUGCAAGACGCUGCAUGGUACUUAGGGAAGACACCCCGGGAUGCUUAUGUCCAACAGUACUCUGAUUACUUCACCAAAUAUUCCUUUUCCGAGCUCUGGCGUGAUCACAAAGUUCACGGACAGUAUUCGGACGGAACGACGAGCUCAGACGGGAAUACUUAUGGCGCAUGGCUUGUCCAUAAUACACGUGAGACAUACUACGGAGGACCCCUUCAUUAUGACCUUGUUGUUGAUGGCAUUGUGUACAACUAUCUAGUAAGCGGGCAUUACGGCGCUCCUGUCCCGAAUAUCACCCACGGCUUUGAUCGCACAUGGGGGCCUCAAUACUACCAUUUCAACAAAGGGACUCCGAAGACUACCCUUGCCGAGCUGAGGGCAGACGCAGCACAAUAUGCGGACCCAAAGUGGAAUGCUGACUUCUACGACAGCAUCGCACAAUACGUUCCAAACUACGCACCGAAAUCGAAGCGUACCACUUUCAAAGCAAUAAUCAAGCUGCCGGAUGGCGCCAUACGGCCCAUCGCCAUCUUAUCAGAAAAUAAACAAGACUUCCAACUCAACGUCUUCAACCAAACCAGUCUGCAAUACUGGGCCGACAUAGACCGCACCACGGGUACAGUGGAAAUUCCAAUGGUGAAGACAGGCACCUAUCGCCUCACCGUGUACGCAAACGGGAUUUUCGGUUGGUUCAUACAAGACGACGUCACCAUUUCGACCAACGCACCAACAUCAUCAUUCACCUGGGAGCCCGAGAGCGCGGGAGUCGAGAUCUGGCGGAUCGGGACACCAGACAAGUCCGCCGGCGAGUACAAGCACGGGCGCGCGCCGGACACAAGCAAGCCUCUCGCGCCCGCGCAAUACCGCAUCUACUGGGGGAAAUGGGACUUCGCGGCGGACUUUCCCAAGGGCGUCCUGUACACAAUCGGCUCCAGCACCGCGGACAAGGAUCUCAACUACAUCCACUGGUCCUGGUUCCCGGGCUACGCCAACUACGUGCGCCCGCAGCCCGUGUACGACAACGUGAACAACUGGACGGUGCGCUUCGAGCUAUCCCCCGCGCAGCUCGCCGGGACGCGGACAGCGACGUUCACGGUGGAAUUGGCGGGCGCGAAGACGGCCAAUGGGAACAACAAGUGGGCGGACCUGCCGGACGAGCGGUACUCGAACCUCCCCUACACGGUCGCCGUCAACGGCGCCGACGUCGAGACGUGGAUGAUCCCCUCGUACCGCAGCGGGUCGUGCGGCGUGCGCGGCGGGAUAGUCUGCCAGAACUUCGGGCACAAGUUCGUCUUUCCGACGACGCGUCUGAAGAAGGGCGUCAACGAGCUCGUGCUCAGUCUGCCGUAUAAUGCGACGAAUACGGAGACUGCGGUCCUGCCUGGUGUGGUGUAUGUGCAGUACGACGCGCUGAGAUUCGAGCUCGGAUAAUUCUUUGUCGCGGGCUGCUCUCGUACUUACCUACGUAUAUCCAGCACCAUGAAGGGAAAGGUAGGCUCUUACGUAGACGUAGGCUUAGGCCUUGAAUAUACGUAGUCAUUUUAUGAUUGGAUAUUGUUUCUAAAGCCUUCAAUUUCGGAGUGGAUAUAUGCACUGCGCUGCUCUAUUCCGGUUACAUUGUGAGUGAGUAAGUAAGUAAGUACUCGUGACAAAGGCUAGAGCUUAGGUCAUCAGAUUGCUCAGAGCAAAUGAUCGUAGCCUAUAAUUUCUAUUUAGAAAACACUAAUACUGCAGAACGGUUUUUUUGAUUAAUAACGAGGUAGCCGUAUAGUUAAUCUUACACGAGUGUAAAAACCUGCGUGUUGUUGCGUCGCCUAAAUCAAGAUCAUUCUU